CUACAGUUCGAAAAAAAAUAUCAAAAUGAAAUUAAUGGUUGUCCUGUUCGCCCUGAUGGGCAUUUCCUUGGCCAGACCGGGAUACGACGGAGCAGCAACUGCCCAGUGGGGUUCAGGAUCCGUACCUCAGAGCGGACAAGGUGGAUACGGCAGCUCGCCAAGCGGAUACGGCGGAUUGGCUUCCCCGAGCGGGAAAGGUGGAUACGGUGGCGGACAGGGAGGAUACGGUGGCGGGCAAGGAGGAUACGGUGGCGUGCUACGGAGAUCAGCUCCCCAAUAUGCCGCAUUUGAACAUGGAGGAUUCUUCGGCAGAAUUGGUCACGAAAACUGUAACCACGAGCAUUACGGACAUCAUAGACGCUACUAAAACGGCAACUUUAAGUAUGACAAAGUACAGUUAUUGCUCACAUUCAAUUAGCAAUUAAAUUACUGUCUUUUGUAUUCUAUCGCAUGGCAAUGUAUAUUUACACUAUGCUCAAACACAUAAACAUCAAUCUGUCAAAAAUACAAACACCAUUUACUUUUUAUUGAA